AUGCCGUAUAACAUUGCGUCAGUGCUCCCACUCCAUAAGUCGCGAUCAUUUGCUAACAAGCUAGUAGUAUGGUCAGUGACUUCUUCUUUCCUCAAUCAGGUACGCUGCCUUGUUUUCGAGUUUCAUCUCACAAAGUUGACUCUUCUAGGUGGAAUUGAAAGUCAUAUCUACCAACUGUCCUCCAAACUCAUAGAUCGGGGACAUAAAGUGAUUGUCAUUACACAUGCAUACAAGGGAAGGACUGGAGUCCGGUACCUUACUAAUGGACUGAAGAUCUAUCACGUCCCAUUCUUCGUCAUCUACCGCGAAACGACAUUCCCUACUGUCUUCUCGUUCUUCCCCAUAUUCCGCAACAUCGUGAUUCGGGAGAACAUCGACAUUGUACAUGGCCAUGCGAGUUUGAGUAGCUUUUGUGGAGAAGCUAUUCUCCAUGCACGCACCAUGGGCCUGCGAACCGUAUUCACGGAUCACUCGCUCUUCGGUUUCGCCGAUGCAGCGUCAAUUCUUACCAACAAGCUACUGAAAUUCACUCUCAGUGAUGUCGACCACGCGAUCUGCGUCAGCCAUACUUGCAAGGAAAACACGGUGCUUCGAGCUUCUCUAGACCCGCUCAUGGUGUCUGUUAUUCCCAACGCCGUUGUAGCGGAGAAUUUCUGUCCUUUGUCCCAUACCACUACCCGUGCACCCGACCAAGCACUCAGUUCGCCUACGGAACCUCCAAUGUCUCCGAGGAUAAUUGGACCUGACGACCCCAUCACCAUCGUUGUCAUUUCCCGCCUUUUCUAUAACAAGGGUACAGACCUUCUAAUUGCCUCCAUUCCCCGAAUUCUCGCCUCCAAUCCCAAUACCCGGUUCAUCAUCGCUGGAUCGGGGCCCAAAGCCAUUGAUCUGGAGCAGAUGCUUGAACGCAAUGUCCUCCAAGACAAAGUCGAACUGCUAGGAUCAGUGCGACACGAAGAAGUUCGUGACGUUAUGGUGCGAGGUGAUAUCUAUCUUCACCCUAGUUUGACCGAGGCCUUCGGCACUGUCAUUGUCGAAGCUGCUAGCUGCGGUCUUUAUGUUGUGUGUACGCGCGUGGGUGGCAUUCCCGAGGUUUUGCCGCAGCACAUGACCACAUUUGCCAAACCGGAAGAAGAUGACAUUGUUCUUGCGACCAGCAAGGCUAUUGCAGCUUUACGUUCGAACAAGGUCCGAACCGAUCGCUUCCACGAUCAAGUGAAAAUGAUGUACUCAUGGCGGGACGUCGCCGCCCGCACGGAGCGUGUGUAUGAGGGCAUCAUUGGCGAUAUCAGUCCUGAAGAAUUCUAUGGUUAUUAUCCCGGUCAGGGCUGGGAUGCCAGUGGUGAUCGUGUUCGCAGCUUUGCAUUGGUCGACAGACUGAAGCGCUAUUAUGGCUGCGGUGUCUGGGCCGGCAAGUUGUUUUGCCUGUGUGUCGUGAUCGACUUUUUGAUUUACGUGUUCCUUGAGAUGUGGUUCCCGCGAGCUAAUAUUGACAUUGCUCGAAGUUGGCCAAGGAAGCCACCGGCGAGGAAGUCUUUGGACAAUCAUUGA